CCAAAGGUGAAGGUCGUGGCUGCCAUUGACCUCUUUUUCAGACCAGAUGGAAGAAAGUCGUACCGUAGGACAAUCUUUAAAAUGACAUGAUACAACUGGCCGAGGUUUCGUGAUGGAUAGGAAUGAUUCAGUCCUUGAUGUCAGGAAUCCGAUGAGUAGAAGCGCCGCCCCUGUUGGCGCCCAAGAGGGGCAAAACACCGACGAAAAAAUGUCCACCGGAAAAGACAUCGUCGAAAAAGAAGCAAUCCACUCGAAAUUAUUGGACAAAGACAAAAAAGAAAAUGUCCAUGAUACUAUCAUCGAGUGUUCUGUGUGUCUUCAGCCAAGCAUCCACCCAGUCCAGCUUCCCUGUCAACAUAUAUUCUGUUUCUUGUGUGUGAAGGGAGCAGCCCAUCGGAGCAAACGAUGUGCCUUGUGUAGACAGGAAAUUGUACCAGAUUUUUUUCAAAAACCUAAACUGAUAAGACAACAAGAUUUGGAGAAGACUAUAACAUUUGAUGACAAAUAUCAGUGGUUUUAUGAAGGGAGGAACGGUUGGUGGCAAUAUGAUGAUCGCACUAGUCAGGAACUAGAGUUAAAGCACAAGAAUGGGGAUAAACUAUUUGAGUUAUUGAUAGCAGGAUUUUUAUAUGUAAUUGACCUUGAAAAUAUGGUUCAAUUUCGGCGUAAUGAUCGGACGAGAAAAAGAAACAUAAAACGUGAUGAGAGUACUAUUGAAGGUGUGAAGGGUGUAGCAGGACUGAAGUAUGCUAACCAGAGCUCGAGUGAGAGACCUGGUGCUGAAGGUGUAGAGCAGCCAAGGUCAAGGUCAGGUGGUCUCAAUGUAGUCACCCCGACAGACACUGGGCAUGAUGAUGCGAUAUCAUCUCCUCCUGCCCCCAACAAUACCCCACAGACACCACAAACUCCUGCCGACAGUCCACCAAACAGUACUUCGGGAUCUCACCAGGAUCUCUCUCUUCACUUUCAACAUCUCUCUCUGGACGAACUGGAUUCUUCACAGACUUUAACACAACAGACAGUUAAUGCACCUGACCACUCGCAACAAAGGUCACAAAUAACAUCAUCUAGUGGUCAUUUAGUGAAUGUAAUUGACCAUCAGUCAGUCAAUGGUCAAGUGUUUCCACCCCUCUCUGGGCCACUAGAUUAUGAACUUGGAGACAGCUUGUAUUCCCCAUCAGAUUCUAGUGAUGAGGAUUAAAACUAUUCAUAUAUAUAUUGACUUGUUAGAUGUCAGGAUCAUUCACCACAUGACAUCAAUGAAGUUUAGGCAUCAACUACGAAAUUUCAGUCUUAAUAUAAGUGUUAUGAAUACUGUAACAAAAUAUUCUAAUUGAACACACAAAGUCCUUGAGGUGUUUGAUUAAUCUUUUUCAUAUUGUUUAUGCAAUUAAUCUAUUGAGAAUAGAAAAAUAAACCAAACAUUUGUGACUAGCAUAAACUUUCCAACAAUUAUCAAUAUAGACUUAAGAACACUUAAAGGUUUCUGGCUCUGUGUGACCUACUGUUGACUUAAGGGUACUGUAAGUCAUUGUGGGAGUGUCAGAAAGGGUAC